AUGCUGCAAGAAGCCUUACUCCACCAGGGAGAGAUAUGCAGAGAGUUCUUGUCUCAGUUUAAGUGUUGUAAUAGCAAUUUGGUUAACAUCCAUUUUAUUCUCCUCAACCCAGGAACGAAAAGUGCUGAACAAGAUUGGGGCCCUUCUGACCAAGCAGCUGAACAAGGCUAUUUUCUUAAAGAGGAGUUCCAUUAUCUGGACGUUACUCAGGUCGGAAAGUUGACGAUAUUCGACAUGUUUCAUUGCACCCUGGCGUGCCUCAGAAAUAAUUUGUGCCUCUCUUUAAACAUGGCCACCUCUCAUGGAACAGACGGAAAACUUUGGUGCGAAUUGUUGUCUUCUGAUAAGAACAGAAACGCUGGGAACUACCACAAAAACACGAGUUCGCAUCAUUUUUCCAUUCUGCGGGUAAGAACACUUUAAUGAUUGAGGUAAAAUUCUAAUGCAAGGCAUUUACCAGGGAAAGCAUGUAAAUGUACUCGCUCUCGACGAGGUUUGCCUAUUCACAGCUAUCGCAAGUACUGUUCAAGUGUUCACUAGUCUCAACAGUCAUUUCCUCUCUUUUAGUCUCCCUGUUCUUUAUCGCCGUGUCAAAACGGAGGAACCUGCAUCCCGAAUUUCAGCUCCAACACUUUUGAUUGUCUUUGUAAAGAAAGUUUCGUCGGAGAGUUCUGCGAAAAAGGUAACUCAUGAAUAUGUUUGAAAUAUCCUCUCCGUACUUUUUUAACAAUAGAAAACAUCCGGCUCUAACAUCAGGCUCUAUAUUUCAGCUGUACAAUCAUGCAAGGAAGUGUAUGAAGCAAACAAGUAAGAGGCUUUCACUACUUGCUCAUUUGAACAGAUCUUUUCUAAAAUCCUAUCUUCUGUGACACUGGAGACGCAGAGGUGGCCAGCUGGUUAAAACCACGUUGGAUCUUAAGAACGAAUUUCGGCGACGUAUCAGUCAGGAAGUUUAAUAAGUACAAAUGAUAAAGAUUGGCAUCAUAAGAGAGUCAAUUACUUAUGUAUCUACUCCUCUUGUAUAUUAACAGAUCAAACGUGAGUAAACUGGUUACUCUUCAUCUGGGCUCACAGCCAACGACAGUUCUUUGCCACAUGGGAGAUUUUGGAUGCGGAGAUGGAGGAUGGACACCAGUUAUGAAGAUUAACGGCAACAAGGUACCAUGUGGAAUCGAUCUUCUAUCGAUUAAAUAUCAUGAUCUUUCACUGGGAGGUAUUCAUCGACGACGUGAACGAUUGGGUCGUAUGAUUUUUGGGGGAUGAGUUGUCACUAACGGAGUAUAAAGGGGAGGACCAUAUAAAUUUGACUGCCAAUGAAAGGGGGUUAUUAUAGCACAAAAGAGCCCAAGAGAUAAAUAAUGACCGUUACCUAAAUUGGCUCCAGUUGACUCUGCAUGAAUAUUGAUGACGAAAUAAUGCCACACGUCAUUUCACCAAGUCAUACAUAUUUCAUGAUCAUUAGCUUCCCCUCAUUGCCAAGUAAAUCCUAGCGAAGACAAACAGCUAAAUUUAUGAUCGUCACAAUCUGUCUUAAGGAUAAUACGAGGAAAAAAACAAAAACCAGUAAUAACUUUUUAUCAUAUUAUAAACUAUUCUCCCAGAGUACCUUUCACUACGAUUCUGGUUACUGGAGUAAUAAAAUUGAAUACAACAUUGCUGGAGGGGAGACUGGAUUCGACUCACAAGAGACCAAGUUGCCUACUUACUGGGACACAUCCUUCUCAAAGAUCUGUCUCAGCAUGAAGAUCGGCGGACAGAUCAGGUUCAUUGUAAUCAACAUGACGGCUAACUCUCUUUACUCACUGAUCGCUGACGGGAAAAACCGAAGCACCUCAUUGGGUCGUGACACGUGGAAGAAGCUUAUUGGCUCAGAGGCCUCGUUGCAGGUUUACUGUAACACGGAAGGGUUCAAUAUGAUCUGUAGUGAGUCUUAUAACUCCAAAGCAAGAAUCGGCAUCGCUUCUAACAACCAGGAUGACUGCCUCUCUUGCGACUCCAGGAUUGGAUUUGGUACAGGAGGACUAUAUGAUCGCUAUAACACCUGUGGAAACGAGGCUACUCGUGAACCGGAUAAUGGAGAUAAACACAUUAAAGCCAUGGGUUACAUUUUGGUUUACUGA